CAACCCGCUUCCGCACUGUAACGUCAUCAACAAUGGUCACAUUGCGCAUGGUCGUCUCGUUCGUUGGCAUUUAUAAAUGGCGAUUAAGCAGGCAUUUUGGAUUAACUGAUAAAGACCCAUUACUUGAUUAAUCGUAAUGCUUUAGUACGCAGUUCGAUACUUUAUUCACGUUUUUUCGUUUCGAAUAUUUAGCCGCUAGCAGGUUAGCAUUCAUUUGACCAGAAUGUGGUUUCUGAAGGUCGGCUACGCCACCCUGGCUUUACCAAGAGUUUACCGGACUAAAGUGAACAGACUAUCGAACGACCGUGUUUAUUUUUCGGUCUGUCCAACAUCUCCGGAAGAGCUCCCAGUCAUUCGCGUCCCUCGCUCCGUGCAGAAUCACUUUGAGAAGGUGAAGCAAAGCCGAAGUAAGAACAUAAAUACUACCAAGGCCGGCAAACUCCUCAUCCAGGGCAGGAACGCCAGUUUGAACCAGUCUGCAGGAUACACGCACGCCAAAUUUGAACAGCCGAUACUCUGCUCCAAAGGAUGGAAACACAAAAAGUCAUUCGGGGAUUAUUUCACAGUCAACAACAUCAAAUCGGUGGCGCCCUUUGUGGCCGGAAGCGAGGAGGAGGGCGAUAUUAAAAAGCCAUUGAAGACUUUCCAUAAACUGCACAUCUCCGGGGAGUUGGUGGAGACUUUGGAACGCUUAAACAUCACGCAUCCCACCACCGUGCAGCUGCAGACCAUCCCCAAGGUCAUGAGGGGUCAUAACAUCCUGUGUGCAGCUGAGACUGGAAGUGGGAAAACGUUGAGUUACCUGCUGCCGAUUGUGCACCGGUUGCAUCUCGAUGAGGAACAGGAUCAAGUGGGGCCUCGUAAAAUCCAUGCUGUGGUCGUGGUGCCUUCCAGGGAGCUGGCCGAGCAGGUGGCGUCCGUGUCCAGGAGCCUGUGUUCCCCGCUGGGUUUAGUGACGAGGACAGUCGGAGGCGGACGAGGCGUGGGUCACAUCAGGGGAGUCUUCAAGCAAGGUGUUCCAGACAUUUUAGUAGCCACCCCAGGCGCUUUGGUCAAAGCCCUACGGAGACGCUGCUUGGACUUGAGCUAUCUUAGCUUUCUGGUGGUGGACGAAGCAGACACCAUGUUCGACCCGAGCUUCGCUGACAUGCUGGAGGACAUUUUGCGGCACACCGACAUCGCCAGCGCCCCCGGGGAAACCCGAGGCCUCGCCCGCAAGGCCCAGUUGCUGGUGGUGGGGGCCACCUUCCCCGGCGGUGUCGGCGACGUGCUCGCGCAGGUGACUGACCUUGGCAGCAUGGUUGUCAUAAAGAGCAAGAUGCUGCACUUCCUCAUGCCGCACGUGAAGCAGACUUUCCUCAAGGUGAGAGGACAGGAAAAAGUCCUGGAGCUCAACCAUUACUUGAAACGACUCCAGCAGGAAGACGGACGUUCGGGAGGGGACGCCGUCCUUGUGUUCUGCAACAAGUCCGCCACUGUCAACUGGCUGGGAUACUCGAUGGAGGAGAUGGGCGUGCCGCACGCUCGCCUCCAAGGGGAAAUGCCGGCCUUGGUGCGGGCGGGCAUCUUCCAGUCCUUCCAGAAGGGCACGACGAACGUUCUGCUGUGCACAGAUGUCGCCUCACGAGGCCUGGACACGUCCCGAGUGCGCCUGGUGGUCAACUACGACUUCCCAGAAACGCACACAGACUACAUCCACAGGGCCGGUCGGGUGGGGAGGGCCGGCGGGUGCGAAGGCGGCGAGGUGCUCAGCUUCGUCACGCAUCCGUGGGAGGUGGAGCUUGUGCAGAAGAUUGAGACCGCGGCACGGAGGAGGACUACUUUGCCCGGCAUGGAGUCUGAGAUACGAGAACCAAAACCUGUCAUAGAGGAGACAAAUGUGUAGAGGUGAUGGACAUUAACAAUGGAAUUAAAUGGCUCGCUGGCAAUUUUCUACAGCGCUUGUCCUCAAAAUAAAAUACUCAAAUUUGCACCCCAUCUGCUUGAGAGUACAGUAAUCUUUGUUUUUUUUUUUUUAAGUAUAGACCUGAAUGUGACAUCGGAUGGUUGCUGAUCAUGUUUUUCUUAUUUCAUGAUGAAAAACUGCACUUCACCCUGUUGAAUAUUUAUUUUUAAUUGUUUUAAAGCUGUCUUUAAUCAGAUGGGUACUACACCCCUUUUCUGACAUGUCUCACGUUAAUUUCUCAAGAUUGUGGAAAAAUAAAUGUAACUUUGCUGUUA